AUGAAUCCACGUUCUCAAGUAACAGCCGCGGCUGUAGCUUAUGGGCAAGCUGUCAUCGAUUUAGUUAAUGCCGUUUCUGUCGGUCCUACCGAUGCCACCGGACCUGUCGGUCUCACCGGCCUUACUGGUCCUUCCGGCGAGACUGGUCCCACCGGUGCAACCGGCCCCCGCGGCGCCACCGGCCCCGCCGGCCCUGCCGGCCGUGAUGGCCGUGACGGCUCAACCGGACCAACCGGCCCCCCCGGCGCUGUAGGCGCCACCGGCCCCCGCGGUGCCACCGGCCCAUCCGGCCCCAUCGGCGCUACUGGCCCUACCGGCGCUACCGGCCCUGCCGGCCCCGGCGGAGCUGUUUUGGAUCUGAUCGGUGAUGUUAAUGGAAAAGUUGCUGUGAUGAUGGAUGACAUGAUAGAUACUGCUGGCAUCUCUGUUUGGUUUCAUCUAAAUAACUGUUGGAAGUUGGCUUCAAGGUUUAAGCCGUGCUUGGUUACUGGUCCUGUACAGAACAGAUUUGAUUUUGUUGGUUGGGAUCAGAUUAGCAUUUUACUAAGCAUAGGUACGAUUGCGAAGGGUGCAGCACUAUUACAUCAAGAAGGGGCAAGGGAGGUUUAUGCUUGCAGCACACAUGCUGUCUUUAGAAGAACUGGUUAA